GGAACCGCCGCGGGGCCGGCCGGCGGCCGCCCGGGCCGGGGAGGAGCCGCCGGAGAAGCGAUGCAGGAAGCCAUUACCAUAACGGAGCAGCCGGUCUCUGUCUCUGUCCCGGUGGGAUAUUCCUUCACGCUGCGGUGCCGAGCCCAGGGACGUUCCCCUCUGCAGUACCAGUGGUUCUGUCAGCACCAGUCUGACUGCCGCCUCAUUCCUGGAGCAACCAACCAGGACUUGCCCAUCAUUGCAGAGCAGACCCAGCUCUACACCUGCAGAGUCAAUGACCUCCACAGAAAUGCUGUCUUCUCUGACUGGGUGAAGGUAGAGGUCCAUCAGUGUGUUGCCAGAGGUCUGCCCCCUCGGCUGUGGCAAGGAGAGCCGGUGAUUGUGCUGAACCCCCAGGAGCAGCGGGUGGAGGUGGGGCAGCCCCUGCAGCUGCAGUGUGCUGCCAUGGGGGUGCCAGCCCCCAGCUACCAGUGGUACCACAAUGGGACACCCCUGGAGCAGCAGAAGAGGAAAAAGCUCCGGAUCAGCCACAGCAGGGUCAGUGACUCUGGCACGUACCUGUGCUGUGCCUCCAACAGGCAUGGGGAGCACUGGAGCAGCGCCGUGGACGUUCACAUCGGUCUUUGUGACUCUGGAAAGUUUUUUGCUACAGGCAAAAUAGCACUUCUGGUGGGCAACAACCGUUACCAGCAUCACCCCAACCUCAUGGCCCCUGUGAGGGAUGUGUUUGAGCUGAGGCACCUUCUGGAGCAUCUGGGCUUCCAGGUUGUGUCCCUGCUGGAUCUCAACAAGGCUGAGAUGGCGACAGCGGUCGCUCAGUUCCUGCAGCUCCUGGGCAAGGGAGUCUAUGCUGUGUUCUACUAUGCUGGGCAUGGCUAUGAGCAUCUGGGGAGGAACUACAUGGUCCCUGUGGAUGCUCCCCAGCCCUACGCCCCUGAGAACUGCAUCAGCGUGCAGAGGAUCCUGCAGAAGAUGCAGCAGCAGCAGACAGCCCUGAACAUCAUCCUGCUGGACACCUGCAGGAAGUGGUACAACCCAGGACGUGCCCUGUCCCAGGUGCAGCCCCUGGAGCCCUGGGGGAACACUGUCUAUGGCUAUUCCACGAGUGAAGAUGCAGAGGCCUAUGAACUGCAGGAUGGGGAGUUUAGCUCUGGGAUCUUCAUGAAAUACCUGAAGAAACACAUUCUGCAAGAGAAGAAGGUUACACACAUGCUGGAGGAUGUGUUAGAAGACAUUGGCCGUGAUCCCCUGGUCACUGGGAAGCAGGUGAUGGAGAUCAGGCACACCCUGAAGGAGGCCCGGUCCCUGACAGACCCCAUCUGUGCCUCGGGAGCAGCCGCUGAGCGCUGGGGACACGGCCAAGAGCUGCCGAGCAGAACGGUGACGUUCCCGUGCGGGGCGCGGGCGCAGCUCCGCUUCCUGCGGCUCUUCUCCAACCUGAUGUUCGUGUGUGCCAAGCCACUGCCACCCCUGGCACACAUCACUGAGCCCCAGCUCCUGCUCCACCAGCUCGAGACAGAUGCUGUGGCCAUCCAGAGGGAGAGCUGUCUGGACCACGUGGAGACUCUGCUGGCCUCUGUGUACAAGAGGGAGGAGCUGGACUGCAUCUUCCAGCUUUGUGCACUGCAGAAAAUUGAGACAGAUGUGGUCCUGCAGCUGGAUUUGCAUUACACCCAGCCAAGCACAAACCAGAGGACUUGUGAAAGCCUGCAGACCACGCUGCAGAAAUCCCUGCUGAGGCAGUUUGUGUGCCAGAGGAAGGACUCCCAGCCUGCCCCUGCCCAUGUGUGCCCACAGGGUGCCCCGGGGCUGGGCACUGAGCCCAAGGGCUCCCUGGGCACGGGCUCUGGGCACAGCUUGCCCAGCAGCAGCCCCUCCACCUUCAGCAGUGAGCCUGAGGAGAACGAUGAGAGCGAGCUGGCUCUGCCUGGCCCGGGGCAGGGCAGGCCCUGAGCCCAGCCUGGGAGCUGCUGCUCUGUCACUGAGGCCUCAGCCUGAGUGCUCAGUCUGGCAGAACCCAUCAGUGCUUCCCAGCCCUGGCACAGCCCUGUGUGAGUGAGGCCAGGGCUGCUUUUUUGGAAAUGUUUCUCCUGUGUGUGCUCUGCGGUGUGCAGGGCCUCAGCUCCCAGUGGGAAUGUUCCCUGUCCUGUGGGAGCACUGGGAUCAGCACGGAGUCAUUGUGGUGUCUGGCAGGGGACACAGCCACCCACCAGUCAUAACAGAGCCAGGCAAAAAGGGAUUUGCUGCAGGGCAAGGGCACAGGCUGGUGUUUUCUGCCUGGAAACAAAUGUAGCUGCAUUGGGAAGCCCACAAACACUACAGACCCCUCUGGCUCAAAUCCCAGCCACCACUGCUGAUGUCCCCAACCCGUGCAAGGGACACAGGGCUGCACUGAGGGAACCAGUGAAACAGUGCAGGCUCUCCACGGGUCCCAGUGUGGUUUCCUUGUCAAGGCAGGUGUUAAGUUAUGCAUUUAUGUAUUUAUAACAGGGGGGAGGCAGUAGCUUGCCAGGAAAGGAAGGUCAGAUGUUCCAUGCAGUGUGUUUACACUGGAGCAGGAGCAGUGUCCAGGCAGGUGCACUGACACUGCCCCUUCCAGCAGGACAUUAAAGGGUGUUCAGCCCUCUGCAGCUCCAAGUUCAGGUGCAGAAUGUCCUACAGGAGAGGUGGAAUGUACCAGGAUUGAGAAAGGAUAACCUCAGAAAAGCUAUUAUUAAUGCAAAUUGUUCUGUGUGUGUGCCUGUCUGUGCUGUGGACAGCCUCAGGCACUAU